AUGCUCCACGCCGAAAACCUUUACACCAUCAUUCACUGGCUGCAGCGCAUCGAGGCUGGCACCGCGAACCCUGAGUUCCGUUGCAACCGCUGCUACCGCUGCGAUCAAGACAUUGUCUGCUAUGCGUACAUGCCUCUUGAGGGCUAUACGUUCGAUUACAUCGUUGAGAACCUCCUUGACAUCGGUUACGCCGAGGACGAGUCCGACGCCCUGGGACAUCUGUUCACCAACAUUCUCAACUGGCAGGACCGCUUCGCCAACGAGCAGGACCGCCACCGCCGCAUGGACCGCCUCGACAUGGAGCCGAUGGAGCUUGCCAUUGUGACUGUGGUCGCAUUCCUCCUUGUGCUCGCAUUCCUCGCUGUCUUUCCCGCUUGGUAG